UGCAUCAUAUCUAAAGAAGACUGAGGCCCUGUGGGAUGACAAGACGACAUCGUUUUGUUGGGGUGACCAAGUACUGCACUAGUAGUAGCUUAAAAUUUUCAAAACACGGCCUGAAGCAGAGAGAGGAGACUGAGGGGGAGAGACGGGGCUGAGAUGGCGAGAGCAGAGGCAUUGAACGCGUACAGGGCGCUGCUAAGAGCGACUCGGAAGUCGUUCGCCGGAGACACACCGAUGCUAAACGGGUCGGCGGCGGAGGUCCGCAAGAAGUUCGAAGAGAAUAGGCACGUGACCUCGGAUGUGGAGAUCCAGAGACUCCUGGAAGAGGCACGUGAGGCCUCCCUUUUCAUCACCCAAAUGAUCGUCCAGGCUAAGCUCAAUUCUCGUGGCGGUUACGAAGUGAAGGCAGACAAAGAUCAUGCGGGAGCAACGCUUGAGGUUCCUUCUGAAGAACUUCUUCCCAAGUCUUGAGAAGCAAAGGCUUUUUCACUUACAAUGUAUGGUGGCGUGCGGCUCGAGGGUUUUGGUGCUUUGCGGUGCCUCUUCCAUUUGGUUGUCUAGAAAGUUUUCAAGAAUUAGUUAUAAGUUGAGCCAUCGUUCUUAAACAAUUUGUUGUUUUUCGAUAAGUAAAUGGAAUGAUUUCAUAGAUCUAAUGGUCUGCAUUUCACUCUAUUUUCAUCCUUGUUCUGAAACAGUUCAUAAAAGUCCAAAUUGUGAACCAAACAGCGAAAAUUUAUUGACGAAACCUUGAAAUGUGAAAA